AUGGGUAAAACAACACCCACUAUUUUCAUUCUUCUUCUAACACUAUCUCAUGUUUCACUACCUCUAAAUGGGUUUACUUUGAGGAUGAUUCACAAAGACUCGAAAGAAUCACCUUUUUACAAUCCUGCUGUUGAUAUUCAUUUGACAACAGAGGAUAGGAUUCAAACACUCAUCAACCAAUCCAAAAGUCGAGCACUUUUCAUUAGCUCACAAAUAUUACUUCACAGACAAAAUGCAACAACCUCGAUGAUGGAUCCUGAUGUCCUACGUGUGCUGGUAAGUUAUGAUCCAACAAUGUGGUACCUUGGAUUGCUUUGUAUAGGUUCGUUUCCUGAUAAAACAUGCAUGCCUUACUAUCUGCUUAUUGAUUCGGCUAGUGAUGUUACGUGGGUCCAGUGCAAAGGUGCCACAAAAACUUUCUUACAAGAUUUUCCUCUUUAUCCUUGGGACAAUUCUCUGACAUAUCGACCUCUUCCUUGUGAGGAUCAUAGUAUUCUCUGCCCUGGAAACAAAUGCAAUGACCAGGGCGAAUGUAUUUACCGAGUAGACUAUUUGAAUACUGGAUUUACAUCUGGUAUUUCUGCUCAAGAAAGAUUCACUACAUUCUCAGAUGAUGGUGGCUAUGAAAGUAUUCAAAUAGUCAUGGGCUGUGGUUUUCACCAAGAAAAAUUUGUUGAUUUCGGUAAUAACCAUUUAAAGAAUAAGCCUGAUCUGAUCGCAGGAGUACUUGGUUUAGGAAGAGGAGAAUAUUCUUUUCUAAAACAAUUACGUGGUGCUGGACAAGAUAAAUUUUCCUACUGCUUGGAGAUAUAUAGCGAGAACAUUUACGCAAGCAGCACAUAUUUAACUUUCGGUGAAGAUGCGAUAAUUGAAGGCGAAGUACGUAAAACUCGGAUUGUCGUGAACCCCUUUCAGCCAUCGUUUUAUUACUUAAAUCUAGUGGAUAUCAGUGUUGCUAAGAAAAGUGCAGGUUUUGUUAGCGCAGAUUUUAAGAUUAAAGAUAAUGGAUCAGGCGGUUGCCUCAUAGAUUCUGGGGCUCCAUUUACGUUAAUGUAUAGAGAUCAUUUUAAUAGAGUUGCAACGUUGGUGGUGGAAUAUUUUGCACAAAUUGGUAUGCCUCUUGAUGCAUCCGACAAUCGUCUUUGUUUUGUUAUGCCGCAAGUACCGUUUACAACUCCGUCCAUAACAUUCCAUUUUCAAGGGGCGGAUUAUGUUGUUUCGGAGAGGGCUUCUCUGUUUGUGGAGAUGCGUGGAAAUAUCUGUUUACUUAUCGGUUCAGUGAAUGUUACUAAUAUGCCAACUGUGGUUUUAGGAGCAUUACAACAAACUAAUAAGAGGAUUUUGUAUAAUAAUAUGAUUCUGGAACUCUCAUUUGCUGAUGAGAUAUGCCGAUUACAAAAAUGA